CUGCUUUUCCUUAGGCCGAGAUUUUCCACUGCGCCCUUCCACGUACCCCGGUUCCAAACCCCUGGCCACGACAUGGAAGAAUUUUUGCAACGCGCCAAAUCUAAACUGAAUCGAAGCAAACGCUUGGAGAAGGUCCACGUGGUUAUUGGGCCUAAAUCGUGUGACUUGGAUUCUCUCAUUUCUACCUUCACGUAUGCUUACUUUCUGGACAAGGUCAGUCCACCAGGGGUUCUGUGUUUACCAGUGCUGAACAUACCAAGAACUGAAUUCAACUACUUCACUGAGACAAGGUUUAUUUUAGAAGAGCUAAAUAUCUCCGAAUCAUUCCACAUAUUCCGGGAUGAAAUUAACCUGCAUCAGCUGAAUGAUGAAGGGAAGUUAUCGAUAACACUUGUUGGCAGUCACGUGCUGGCAAGUGAAGACAAAACUUUAGAAUCAGCAGUUGUCAAAGUCAUUAAUCCAGUUGAGCAGAGCGACGCCAAUGUUGAGUUCCGAGAGUCUUUCUCUUCCCUCGUGCUAAAGGAGAUUCUCCAGGAGGCUCCUGAUCUCAUCACCGAGCAACUGGCUCAUCGCCUCAGAGGUAGCAUUCUUUUCAAGUGGAUGACCAUGGAAUCAGAGAAGAUCUCAGAGAAGCAGGAGGAAAUUCUUUCCAUCCUGGAAGAAAAAUUUCCUAACUUGCCUCCAAGAGAGGACAUCAUCAGCGUCCUGCAGGAGACCCAGUUCAAUGCUCAGGGUUUAAGUAUUGAACAGACAAUGUUAAAAGAUCUAAAGGAAUUGUCAGAUGGAGAAAUAAAAGUGGCCAUUAGUUCUGUGAGCAUGAACCUCGAGAAUUGUCUGUUUCACAGCAAUAUUACCAGUGACUUGAAAGCAUUUACAGACAAGUUUGGUUUUGAUGUCCUCAUCCUGUUCACCAGCUAUCUGUCAGAGGAGCAGCAGCCGAGACGACAGAUUGCUGUGUACUCAGAAAACCUGGAGCUGUGCAGUCAGAUUUGCUGUGAACUGGAAGAGUGUCAGAACCCUUGCUUAGAACUGGAGCCCUUUGACUGUGGCUGUGAUGAGAUCCUGGUGUACCAACAAGAGGACCCUUCGGUGACUUGUGAUCAGGUGGUUCUUGUUGUCAAGGAAGUCAUCAACAGGAGGUGUCCAGAGAUGGUCUCCAAUAGCCGGACGUCCUCAACAGAAGCUGUGGCAGGCAGUGCCCCCCUCUCCCAGGGGUCUUCCGGGAUUAUGGAAUUGUAUGGUUCUGACAUAGAGCCACAACCCAGCUCUGUGAAUUUCAUAGAGAACCCUCCAGAUCUCAAUGGUUCUAACCAGGCUCAGGUGGAUGCCAGCAUAGACCUUGUUAGUCCAGACAGCGGACUGGCCACCAUUAGGAGCAGCCGCUCAUCCAAGGAGAGCUCCGUUUUCCUCAGUGAUGACAGCCCCGUGGGAGAAGGUGCUGGGCCUCACCACAGCCUCCUCCCAGGGCUUGACUCCUACAGCCCCAUCCCUGAAGGGGCAGUUGCGGAGGAACACGCGUGGUCUGGAGAACAUGGUGAACACUUUGACCUCUUCCACUUCGACCCGGCACCCAUGGCUUCUGGACAGUCCCAGCAAUCUUCUCAUUCUGCAGAUUACUCCCCAGCAGACGACUUCUUCCCCAACAGCGACCUGUCAGAAGGACAGCUCCCUGCUGGGCCUGAAGGACUUGAUGGGAUGGGAACCACCGUGUCUAAUUAUUCAUCCAGUUCACUUUUGUCAGGGGCUGGCAAAGAUAGCUUUGUGGAAUAUGAUGAGGAGUUUGUCGAGAGACAAGAAAGUCCCAGAGAUAACUCUGAAAGAAAUUUGAGCCUGACAGAUUUUGUGGGAGAUGAAUCCCCUUCCCCAGAAAGGCUAAAAAACACUGGAAAGAGAAUCCCACCAACACCCAUGAAUAGUCUAGUAGAAAGCUCACCAUCCACUGAAGGAGCAGCCUCACUCUAUACAGAAGAUAUGACCCAAGAAGCAACUGACACAGGUCACGUGGGGCCACCUCAGAUCCAUGCACGGUGCAGCAGCUGGUGGGGUGGUUUGGAAAUUGACUCCAAAAAUAUUGCAGAUGCGUGGAGUUCCAGUGAACAGGAAUCUCUUUUCCAGAGCCCUGAAUCAUGGAAAAAGCAUAAGACAAGCUCCAUUGAUAGGAGAGCCUCAGAUUCUGUAUUUCAACCAAACAGUCUGGAAUUCAGAAAGUCAGGUCCCUGGGAGUCUGAAUUUGGUCAGCCUGAACUGGACAGCAAUGAUAUUCAAGACCAAAAUGAGAAAAGCUUGCCAUUCCAGAACCUGCCCAUGGAGAAAUCACCUUUGCCAAAUACAUCUCCCCAAGGAACAAACCACCUGAUAGAAGACUUUGCUUCCUUGUGGCACUCUGGUCGCUCUCCCACAGCGAUGCCGGAGCCCUGGGGAAAUCCUACAGAUGAUGGCGAAGCAGUGGCUGCGGCGCCAUUCCCACCGUGGAGUGCGUUUGGUAAAGAAGAUCAUGCCGAAGCUUUAAAAAAUACCUGGAAUUUGCACCCAGCGAGUGGCGAGACACCUUCUGUUAGGGACCCGAAUGAGUGGGCCAUGGCAAAAAGCGGCUUUGCCUUUUCUUCUUCAGAACUACUGGACAAUUCACCCAGUGAGAUAAAUGAUGAAGCAGCUCCAGAAAUCUGGGCCAAGAGGAACAAUGACUCCAGGGAUCUUAUCUUUGCACCUGGCAAUCCCGGUUCUGAUCUGGAUCACCCAUGGAUUAAUUCUAAGCCACCAAAAGAGGAUCAGAAUGGCUUAGUGGAUCCUAAAACUAGAGGCAAGGUAUAUGAAAAGGUAGAUUCCUGGAACCUGUUUGAGGAGAAUAUGAAGAAAGGAGGGUCAGAUGUCCUAGCUCCUUGGGAAGAUUCCUUCUUAUCUUACAAAUGUUCCGAUUACAGUGCAUCCAAUAUAGGAGAAGAUUCCGUGCCUUCCCCUUUAGAUACCAAUUACUCCACCUCAGACUCUUACACAUCACCAACAUUUGCUGGAGAUGAAAAAGAAGCUGAACACAAGCCAUUUGCUAAAGAGGAAGGCUUUGAGUCAAAAAAUGGUGACUCCACUGCAGAGGAGCCUGAAAUUCCUCCUCAGUCACAGCAGCAGCCACCUGGAAAUCGAAUCACUUCAGGUCCUGGGAACCUAGACAUGUGGACUUCACCUCAUACAGAUAACAGUUCUGAAACAAAUGCCACUCAUGACCUGGAUAAAAAUGAACUCAAGACAGAGCACACAGAUGGUAAGAAUGUCUCCGUGGAGGAUGACAUGGGGGAAAGCAGCCAGUCGAGUUACGAUGACCCCAGCAUGAUGCAACUGUACAAUGAAACAAACCGACAACUCACGCUUUUGCACACCAACUCCCAGCAGACGGCCCCUGACAACCUCGAUGUAUGGAACAGAGUGAUUUUGGAGGAUACUCAGUCUACUGCAACGAUCUCGGAUAUGGAUAAUGAUUUGGACUGGGAUGACUGCAGCGGGGGUGUGGCAAUCCCCAGUGACGGUCAAACAGAGGGAUACAUGGCUGAAAGUACUGAGCCAGAAACCCGAUUUACGGUGAGACAGCUGGAACCCUGGGGCUUGGAGUAUCAGGAAGCAAAUCAGGUAGAUUGGGAGCUCCCUGCCUCUGAUGAGCACACCAAGGACAGUGCUCCCAGUGAACACCACACACUGAAUGAGAAAAGUGGGCAGUUAAUUGCAAACAGUAUUUGGGAUUCUGUCAUGAGAGAUAAAGACAUGUCAUCGUUCAUGUUACCAGGCUCGUCACAUAUCACAGAUUCACAGCAAAGUAAAUUGCCUCCUGAAAUCCCCAGCCAUUCAGCAAAUGUUAAGGACACUCAUUCCCCAGAUGCGCCAGUAACCUCUGGAACCAGUGAGUCAGGGGCUCCUGUAUCUCAUCUUGACGAUCAGGACACAGAGAGGGAAACCCUGCAAAGUGAUGCAGCAUCCUUGGUGACUAGGCUUGAGAAUCCAGGCCAUUUUGCACACCCAGAUCUAUGGAAAGGUCAUAGCGAUGGACAAAGUGAAACUAGGAAGGCAGCCCUGGGAGCCACUGACAGGGGGCACCUUGAUGAAGAGGAGGUGAUCGCCUCUGGUGUAGAGACUGCCCCAGGGAUUCCUGAAAAAGGGCAGAGUGACCAGGAACUGUCUUCUCUGGCUGCAUCUGAACAUGAAGAAAUCUGCGUUAAAUCAGGCAAAAUCAGCUCCCUUGCGGUCACUUCCAGUCCUCAAACCGAGGAACCAGGGGAAGUUUUGGAGGAUGAGAAGGGGCCUUACAGUCUAGACUCCUGUGAUGUGCAAACAGCGAUGUCCGCAGAUAACCUGCAGCCAAAAGAUAACUAUGAAAAUCACCUCAUGAGUCAUAGAAAUUCAGGUGAAACUAUUGAGAUGACUUCAGAUGGGAUGGAUUUCACAAAAUAUGUAUCUGUUCCUGAGAAGGAUCUUGAGAAAACAGAGGAGUGUCACAUUCUAGAGCCAGAGACCCUGGGUAGAGGGCCACCUCACAAAGUUCCCCGAAGCCUUGACUUUGGGGAUGGCCCUGUAGACAGUGACGUGUCUGUCAGCUGCACAAGUUCUGAUGUUAAGGGGACUGAAACUCUUGAUGUUAAGGGGACUGAAAAUAGCCUUGCAGGAGCUGGUUCAUCUGGAAAUUUUGACACAGAUACUAUUUCUAGUGAGUAUACUCAUUCAAGUGCAUCGAGUCCUGAGUUAAAUGAUUCUUCAGUUGCACUGUCUUCCUGGGGCCAACAACCCAGUUCUGGGUAUCAGGAAGAGAACCAAGACAAUUGGCAUGACCAGCAUCGCCAAGAAUCUGAGCCAGUUACCACCGAUGUCCAAGUAGAAAUAGUCACUGAAAUGAAGGAUUUCGAGGAAAACAGAAUAAAUGAGUUUGAAAAGAGCUUUGAUCACAAAGCUCCUACAUUUUUAGAGAUCUGGAAUGACUCAGUUGAUGGUGAUUCCUUUUCUUCUUUAUCCAGUCCUGAAACAGGCAAAUAUUUUGAACAUUCAGGGACACACCAGGAAAGCAGUCUAAUCAUUAACUACCAGGAGAAAAAUGAACACAAGCUUCCUGAAACUGUGCAGCCAGAGGAUGCCAGGGUCAUUUCAACAAGCUCAGGGUCUGACGAUGAGAGUGUUGGUGGUGAAGAGUCAGCAGAGGAAGAGAUCCGUUUGGCCAGCUGCCACGUUGCUCAGGAUGAAUCCAGAGCUUGGCAUUCGUUGAAUGAAUCUAAUAAGUUCUUGGUCACAGCCAAUCCUGAGUCUGAAAAUAUUUCUGACCACCUAGGCAGCUCAGAGCCAGCAGAUAAUGAGAACAAGGCAAACUCAUUCUGUGACAACCAACAAAGCCGCCCUGAUCACUGGAAUUUCUCACCUUUAACGGAGACUGAAGUACAGAUUAUAGCAGUGGAGGAGAGGAGAGCUUCUCCAGAAACAGGGAAGACGGGAGAUGUUCUGUGGCAAGGAGCUCCCAAAGCUGAACCAAAGAACGAAGAUAAUUCUCAGCUGGAAAUGCUCGGCUUUUCAGCUGAUAGCAGUGAGUGGUGGAAUGCUUCACCCCAGGAAGGGAGACUAAUUGAGAGUCCAUUCGAAGGGGAGCUGUCUGACUCCAGUGGCGUGUUGGAGAUAAAUUCUUCAGUAUACCAAAAUGCCGGUCCCUGGGGAAUACCGGUUCAGGGUGACAGUGAGCCUGUGGAAACACGCUAUACUAAUCCUUUCAGUGACAACCAUCAGUCAUCCUUUCUGGAAGAUAAUGGGAAGAACUCCCAUGAGCAACUCUGGAACAUUCAACCAAGGCAGCCAGACCCAGAUGCCGACAAGUUUAGCCAGCUUGUAACACUGGACCAAAUCAAAGAAAAGGACUCAAGAGAGCAACCCUUUGUGUCUGCUGCUGCUGAUGAACUGACUUCUGCAACACCUACCCAAGAGCAGUGUCAGGCCACCAUGCUUUCGGUCUGUGAUCAGCCAGAUGCAGCCUUUACUCACACAGAGGAAAAUGGUUGUGUUACAUCUAACGUUUCAACUAGUGAAUGUCAAGAAACAAAUCAGUGGAAACAAGAAAAAUCACACCUAGAUGUGAUGACAAAUUCGAGCAUUGCCACAGAAAAUUUCCCUGCUUCCAUUUCUCCCACCCAGCUGAUAAUGAAGUCAGGCUCCGAAUGGGAUGGCUCUACCCCGAGUGAGGACUCCCGAGGGACCUUUGUGCCAGAUAUUUUACAUGGCAACUUUCAAGAGGGUGGGCAGCUGGCCUCUGCGGCACCUGACUUAUGGAUGGAUGCUAAGAAGCCCUUCAGUUUGAAAGCAGAUGGUGAGAAUCCUGACAUCCUGACGCACUGCCACCGUGACAGCAAUUCUCAGGCUUCCAACAGCCCUGAUAUAUGUCACAAUUCUGAAGUGAAGCAAGAGACUGAGAAGCAUCUCAGUGCUUGCAUGGGGCCUGAAGUGGAAUCCAGUGAGCUUUGUCUCACUGAGCCAGAGAUGGAUGAAGAACCCAGUCAUGAGGCUGGACGGGAGUUUUUCCCAUCCGGUGCAGAACUCAGUUCUGAAAAUGCAAUCCCUCUGCCUCCUAUCGGCAGUCAAGCAGACAUUAAGGGCUCCUCUCAGCCUGCCUCUCAUAAAGGUUCACCUGAACCUUCUGAAAUAAAUCGGGAUGAUAAUACAGGUUUACACACAUCAGAAAAAGGAGGCAGCCCAGAUAUGGCACCAAUUUUGGAACCAGUUGACAGAACAAUCUCAAGGAUUGAAAAAGUGGCCACCAGCAUUUUUGUAACUCACCAAGGGCCAACUCCAGAAGGUGACAGUUCUUGGAUAUCAGACAGCUUUUCUCCUGAAAGUCAGCCUGGUGUGAGAGCUUUGUUUGAUGAUGAGCCACAUUUAGCCACAGAGAAUCCUGCCAUGGUCCCUGAUGCUUUGCUAGCCUCAGACACUUGUCUAGAUAUAAGCGAAACUGCCUUUGACCACAGUUUCAGCGAUGCCUCGGGUCUCAACACAUCCACGGGAACAAUAGAUGACAUGAGCAAACUGACAUUAUCUGAAGGCCAUCCCGAAACACCAGUUGAUGGGGACUUAGGGAAGCAAGAUAUCUGCUCAUCCGAAGCCUCAUGGGGUGAUUUUGAAUACGAUAUGAUGGGCCAGAAUAUCGAUGAAGAUUUACUGAGAGAGCCUGAACACUUCCUGUAUGGUGGUGACCCUCCUUUGGAGGAAGAUUCUCUGAAGCAGUCGCUGGUGCCAUACACACCUCCCUUUGAUUUGUCCCAUCUCACAGAACCUGCUCGGGGUGUUGAAACAGUAGAGGAAGCUGAGUCUUCAGAGGAUGAGUCUCUGGGAUGCAGAGCAACAGAGAUAGUGCUUUCUGCACUCCCUGAUCAAAGAAGUGAGGGAAAGCAGGCUGAGACCAAAACUAGCCUGCCUGAAUCCCAGCUGGUUGUGCUGCAUAUUCACGAAGACCCUGAGUCCAUUUCUUUGCCUAUAGGAACAGGCUCCGAGAUUUUGUCUCCAUCAAACAUCGACUGGGAAGUAGAAACAGAUGAUUCUGACUCACCAGCAGGUGGAGACAUAGGACCACCAAAUGGUGCCGGCAAGGAAAUAUCAGAAUUGGAAGAAGAAAAAAUAAUUCCUACCAAAGAGCCUGAGCAGAUACAAUCAGAAUACAAGGAAGAAAGAUGCACAGAGAGGAAUAAAGAUCAUCAUGCAUUACACACGGAUUACAUACUUAUAAACCAUGAAGAAAAUUCACACUCAAAGCCAGAGGUGUGUGAAGAAAGAGAAAGCAUGGCUGAAUUAGAAGAAUCGCACGUAGGUUCCAAAGAAACAGGGCUGCCAGGAACUCAGUCAGCAAGCUUCCCAGACAUGUGUCCGCCUGUCUCCUUAAAUGAAAGAAAAGGUCUCUGUGCAGAGAGAAUGUCUUCUAAAGAUGGCAAGAGAUCGUCUCUUGAAAGCCCUGUGCAAGACCAGAGUUGGAUGCUCUUGGGCCAUGGUGAGGUUGGUGAUCCAUCACUGGAUGCCAGGGACUCAGGGCCUGGGUGGUUUGGCAAGACUGCGGAGCCAUUCUCUGAUCUCAGCUUGGGCGAGGGUCCCCAGCUGCAGGUUCUGGAAGAAAUGAAGCUUGCAGAAUCUUUAGCACUAGAGGAAGCCUCUGGUCCAGUCAGCCAAUCACAGAAGAACAAGAGCCGAGGCAGGGCUGGCCCGGAUGCAGUUAUGUUGCAGGCUGUCACCCAUGACAAUGAAUGGGAAAUGCUUUCACCACAGCCUGCUCAGAAAAACAUGAUCCCUCACAUGGAAAUGGAGGAGGAGACAGAGUUCCUUGAGCACAGAACCAGGAAACCAAGACCAAAAGGACUGCUGUCAGAGGAUGUAGGAAUGGACAUCCCCUUUGAAGAGGGAGUGCUAAGUCCCAGUGCUGCAGACAUGAGGCCCGAACCUCCUAAUUCUCUGGAUCUUAAUGGCACUCAUCCUCGGAGAAUCAAGCUCACAGCUCCAAACAUCAAUCUUUCUCUGGACCAAAGUGAAGGAUCUAUUCUUUCUGAUGAUAACUUGGACAGUCCAGAUGAAAUUGACAUCAAUGUGGAUGAACUUGAUACUCCCGAUGAAGCAGAUUCUUUUGAGUACACUGGCCAAGAUCCCACAGCCAACAGAGAUUCUGGCCAAGAGUCAGAGUCUAUUCCAGAAUAUACGGCUGAGGAGGAAAGGGAGGACAACCGGCUGUGGAGGACGGUGGUGAUUGGAGAACAGGAGCAGCGCAUUGACAUGAAGGUUAUCGAGCCCUACCGGAGAGUCAUUUCUCACGGAGGAGAUUCAGGAUACUAUGGGGACGGUCUAAAUGCCAUCAUUGUGUUUGCCGCCUGUUUUCUGCCAGACAGCAGUCGGGCGGAUUACCACUAUGUCAUGGAAAAUCUUUUCCUAUAUGUAAUAAGUACUUUAGAGUUGAUGGUUGCUGAAGACUAUAUGAUCGUGUACUUGAAUGGUGCAACCCCAAGACGGAAGAUGCCAGGGCUAGGCUGGAUGAAGAAAUGCUACCAGAUGAUUGACAGACGGUUGCGGAAGAAUUUGAAAUCAUUCAUCAUUGUUCAUCCAUCUUGGUUCAUCAGAACCAUCCUUGCUGUGACACGACCUUUUAUAAGUUCAAAAUUCAGCAGUAAAAUUAAAUAUGUCAACAGCUUAUCAGAACUCAGUGGGCUGAUCCCAAUGGAUUGCAUUCACAUUCCGGAGAGCAUCAUCAAUAUUGACUUGAAGCUGAAAGAAAAGCCCUAGCUGGCCACGCUGGAAUAAGAGGAUGCUUUUUCUGGUUCAUGGUUCUGCUGAAACAUAUCUACCUGGAGGAGACAGGGCUGAUGUUACCUUUUUCCACUUUGCACUACCUGGUGCCAUUCUAAAUUUCUAAGGGGAGUGAUAGGAAGGGAGUUUGUUUACUCUUAACAUGCUUUAUGAAAUUGUGUGUACUGUCCUGUUUUGCCAGUUAUGUGCCUCAGAGAUUUUAGUUGAGUCUUAGCAAGACAGUAGGACCUUCCAUUUCAAUACUUCGUUAACACGGUGCAGUGAUAUUUUGUCCCUUAGACUGGUGUAAGGGACAGUAAGAUACCUUUAAUCCACUGUUAACUGUGAGUGGAUUUGUUUCCAUAGAUUAGCUGGAUUUCCCUUUGGUGAUUGCAUUAGGUUUAAAGUACACAGGGCUCAACUCUCCCCAGGAAAAUUACCCCUGUAUAACUCCACCUUUAAAAUCCUAAGCCUGAUGAGGGCAACCGUGAACCACACAAGGUGUAAAACCAUCAUCAGCCAAGUGCCCACUUUGUUCUUGUUUGCCAGAAUCUGCUUUAACUUCUCAAAGGGAAGCCAGGCUUUCUAGUCCACGUCAGCUUCAUUUUAGUUGUCAAAUUGGGCAUCAUAUUUUAUGUAAAUUGGUCUAAUUUAAGAAUCAGUGUUACAUGUUUGGUAGCUCUCUGAGCUUCAGGCCAGAAACUCAGUUCAAGUUGUUAACCUUUUAAGUGCCAAGAACUCAAGUGUACCCAUAAAGAAAGCAUUACUGAAACACAGCCACACCAACUUGUUUUUGUACCGUCUGCAGCUACUUUCACACUACAACCGCAGAGCUGAGCAGCUGCGACAGCCCAUAUGUCCCCAAAUGCCUGAAACACUGACCGUGUUUAGAGAAAAACUUGGCUGACCCCUGCUCCAGCAACUGCAUCCUUUCCUAUUCCACCCCAAACUGUAUGUAGAUAGUUUCUCUAACAGAACAGACACAUGGGGCUACAAACUAAUUUGUUUUUGUCAAAAAUCAAUGUUUUGACAUCCAGACAGUAAGAUACAAGAAACGGCCUGCUGUGAAAGAUGAGGAGCCCUACCCACAGGAUAACAGCCUAGGUUGCAGUUGCCAAAAGGAAGUCUUCUUAGAAGCACCCUUUUUAGCAGGCGUUGCUGAGGUCUGUGCCUCCCUCUGGGAACCAUUCUUAGUCCCCGGUGUCACCUAUUCCAAAGAAGCUGGCAGAAAUAAAAAUGAAGGAGAAAGAAGGGUUUCAUCAUAGACUGAUGGUAGAAGAUUCGCUGGGGAGAGCUGUCCAGAACACUUGGUGCCCUGGGUAUAAGGGGCCUGGAACUGCUUUGAAGUAGAUAGGUGAUUGAUUUUCUCUGACCUCAUUUCUUCACGUCUGCCUCCUCCUGUCCUUCCACACAUACAGUUCAUCCCUCUUUCCUCCAUAAGCCUCUACAGUUUUCUGUUUUCUCCUCUUGAUCCUUUCAACCUCGUGUCUUAUUGAAUUGUAUGUUCUAUUGGAUCUCCUUCCUCCUAACAUCUGGCUUGUUGGACAGAAAAAGCCCUACAGCCCACCCCUCCCACAAGCCACCUCCACUUUGAAAGCCCAAAUUAUGCCUCUCCCAGAACGUCGUGUUGACGUAAAUACGGUUACCCAAUAUUCCUGUUUGUUCACCUAUUUGCCACUUUCACUCGGUAGCGUUCCAUUCUGUAAAAUGAAUUCCAUGGUCACCCAGUCACAGGAAGUAAUAAAGAAUCCAGUGUUCAGUGUAGUGGUGCCAACCUGAGGGUGUAGAGCUGUUCAUAGAGGGCUCCUAUUAGAGCCAAACAGACAUAACAACAAUCUCACCAUUUAUUUAUAUGUGUUUUUAACUUGUCCAGCUCAUCUAUGGAAAACUACUCAGGUGGUAUGCCAUUGGGAGCCUCAUCUUUCUACAUGAAAAUUGUAGGCAUUUGUCCCAAUCAAUGAUUUUGUUUCAGCUGUUCUGUGGGCUGCAUAUCCACUCUAAUAUUUAAGUAUCUGCUAUUUUAUUAUCUUAAAAAGACACAUUAAUUUAAUUGCAUGUGCUAGAGAAAAGCUACCAUGUAAUUUCACCCCAAGUAAAUAGAAUCCUAGAUGAAUCCUAGAAAAAUAAUCCCUAAGCAGAUAGGUAGACAGAGGUCAACAUUCGCCUGAUUUAGCUCUCUAGCUCUUGCAUUCUGAGCAUUCUUGCUUUGGUUCUGACUUCCGGGAACUGCUUUGCACGUCUCCUGUAGAUCUGUAGUUAAGGGAACCAAGGGGUCAUUGGGGCAAAAGCAUUGUUUCUCCAAGCUCCUUGGUUAAGAGAAAGAACUGAAAUCUGCACAGAAGAUACUGUCAAGGAGUGGGAAAGUUUGCUUGAGGGCAGUGGCUCAGUGUGGAAGAAAAUUCAGAAGUUUCUGUUGAAGCCAUAUAAUGUUUUGCGGGGUUAUCCUCGAAGACAUUCUCUGAGGUGAGGAAAUCGCUACUUCUAGCCUUCAUCAAGAUGUCAUUUUAAAUAUUCAGUUAUGGUACUAUGUCUGCAACUCUUGUCUUAUUACCAUGCCUCGGUAGUUUGUUCCCUUAGAAACAUUUAGAUGUGCACAAAUUAAUUUUUUAUAUGUCUAAAGGUUUUUCUAUCAUAAUAUGGGAUUGCUCAGAAUAAAGUAUCUAUUAGACUUCGUUUUGGUAAAUAAAUUCUCCCUAAUGUAAACGACUAAUAUAAAAAUCUGCAAUGAUACAAUAUAUCUAUAUAGCCUCGCGGUAUAAUUCAGAAAUAAAAAUUGAUUCUGC